AACAAUAGCAAUAAUAACAAUGACAAUGAUAAUAAUAUGAAUGGCUCAAAUGCUAUCCCAAGUUAUAUAAUACUUGGCAAUCAAUUUAGAAACCAAAAUAAUAAUAGCAACAAUAAUACUAUUAACCCACCCAAUAAUAAUGGUAACAAUAAUAUGUUUAAUUUCAAUAAUAAUAUUAAUAAUAAUAAUAAUAAUAAUAAUAUUAAUAAUAAUAAUAAUAAUAAUAACAAUAACAAUAACACCAAUAAUAUGAAUAACAAUAUGAAUAAUUAUCAUUUUAAUAACCAAGGUAUCAACAUAAAUAAUGGAAUGAAUUCCAAUGGCUUUAGUUUAAACCCAAAAAAAAGAAGAUUUGAUGAAGAAAACUUUCAACAGAACUUUAGCGAUAUGAACUAUGCAAACAAUAUAAACGAUAUGGAUAGCAAUAUGAACAACUAUUUCCCACAAAAUCAAAAUCAAAAUCAAAAUCAAAAUGUUAAUUACCAAAUACAAAAUAUUACAGGAAAUAAUGGUAGUAAUGGUGGUAAUAAUAUGAAUUCUAACAAUAAUGGUAAUAACAAUAACAAUAACAAAAAUAAAAAUAAAAAUAAAAAGGGAAAAGGAAAAGCUCAAAGUAGUCAAAUUGGGAAUAAAAAGAAUAAGAAUGAAAUUUCAGAUCAAAAUAAACUAUCUUAAUUAUUUGUAUAAUAUAACUAAAAAAAAUAAUAAAAAAUAAAACUUUCGAACAAUUAGCUAAUUUAUUAAAUUAG